CCACGGAGAGCGUGACCCAGCCUCCAGUACUACCGACUAUCGAUCACCUCAGAGCUGCGCGAGCGCGGUCCAAUGAGGUCACGCGGAGGAGGGCCGUUGCUAAGGAGGAGGUUUGGUUGAGUCUCUGCGUAGCACCCAUUCAGCGGCGGUGGCUGAAGCGAUUGGACUGCGAGGGCUUCUCCGAGACUUUCUGUGGAAUUUGAAUUAUUAUUAUUUUUUGGACUCGGCACGGCUCGCGGUUCAUAGGUGACGGCUUCAGGGGACGGCUUGCAGGUCGCAGAGGUGGUCACAGCUUUGCGAAGCCGGGAUUCAACAUAUCCCCCUCACCCACCUCCAGCUCUUCCUUCUUCUACAUUACAAAACUCAAAGCACACAGCGCGUCCAGACAUAUUUGAUCUCCACAGUACCGGCAACAACCAGGGGAGCGACGCGAUGAAUAAGCUACGGCAGAGCUUCCGGCGCAAGAAAGACAUCUACGUGCCGGAGUCGAGCCGGCCUCACCAGUGGCAGACGGAUGAGGAGGCGGUUCGCAGCGGCAGAUGCAGCUUCGCAGUCAAGUACUUGGGGCAUGUGGAAGUGGAGGAAUCGAGAGGCAUGCACAUCUGUGAGGACGCAGUGAAGCGGCUUAAGACGGACAGGAAAUUCUUCAAAGGAUUCUUUGUGAAAGCUGGGAAGAAGGCAGUGCGAGCUGUGUUGUGGGUGUCGGCUGAUGGUCUUCGUGUUGUUGAUGACAAAACAAAGGACCUGAUCCUGGAUCAGACAAUAGAGAAGGUUUCGUUCUGCGCUCCCGACAGGAACUUUGAGAGGGCGUUCUCUUACAUCUGCAGGGACGGCACCACGCGACGCUGGAUCUGCCACUGUUUCAUGGCCAUUAAAGACUCAGGAGAGCGACUCAGCCACGCUGUGGGCUGCGCGUUCGCUGCUUGUCUGGAGCGAAAACAGAAGCGGGAGAAGGAGUGCGGCGUCACGGCAACCUUUGAUGCUAACAGAACCACUUUUACUCGGGAAGGCUCAUUUCGUGUUACCACAGCAACGGAGGCUGCAGAGAGGGAAGAAGUCAUGAGACAAUUGCAGGAUGCUAAGAAAGCAGAGUCAGACGUGACUGUUGUCGGGAACUCUGCCAACAGCGUGACAAACUCCUCGGUGCUCCAGCCAGGAAGCUCCCCGUCCCCCUCGUCCUCUCCGCCUCUCUCUGUAGCGGCGCUGGGGCCUCAGGUGAUACCCCGCAGACACGCGCCGGCCGAGGCCCUCGCCCGCCAGGGCUCCUUCAGGGGCUUUCCGGCCCUCAGCCAGAAGACCUCCCCCUUUAAACGCCAGCUAUCGCUACGCAUGAACGAGCUGCCCUCCACCAUGCAGCGAAAAUCUGACUUCCCUAUUAAAAACACAGUCCCUGAGGUGGAAGGAGAAAACGACAGCAUCAGUUCGCUGUGCACUCAGAUCGCCAGUGCGUUCAGCGGGCCCCCUGAAGACCCCUUCUCUUCUGCUCCGAUGCCCAAACUGGCAUCCUCUCCUCAGUCCCCCGUGGCGCCAGUGAAUGGCACCAUGCCUGCCUUCUCCAUUGCUGCCACUGCCGCUGCUGCCGCCUCCAACCCCGCCGUCCUGCACCCCGCUCUGCCUACGCGAGAGACUAACCCCUGGGCCACAAACCCGCCGGGGCCCACCGCUCCAGCCCUCCCAGGAGGAGAUUGGACAUCAGCGACGCCAGCGAUGGUAGGCCCUCCCACUGCCUCUCCAGUCAUGUCCGCCCACAAACGCACGCCAUCAGAAGCCGACCGCUGGUUGGAAGAAGUCACCAAAUCAGUCCGCGCGCCGCAGUCUAAACCGAUCUCAGCAGGAGGCACGCCUCCCCCACAGCCAUUCGCUGCCCCGGUGCAUAUGCCCAUGGCUCCAGUCCCCGUCGUUCCCGCAGUGCCCUUUAUGCCUUCCUUGCCCCCUUCCGUCCCCUUGGUGCCUCCCCGCCAAACUGCUUUCCAACCCCCAGCGGUGGCCUCUUACCCGGUAUCCAACGGUCUGCCGUUCCCCCAGCCCAGCGUUCCAAUGUUUGGCAUAACUCCCUCGCAGAUGGUGGCCAAUGUGUUUGGCUCCGCCACCCAGCCACAGCCGUUUCCCAUCCCGGCCGCCGCUGCCGCCAUGCCACAGACUGGUGACGCUCAGGCCGUCAAUAACAUCUCCCCAUACGCCAAACCCCCGGCACCCACCGAGGUUCACAUCCAGCCCCCGAACGGCAGGGCCGCCUUCAACGGCGCCGACGGCUGGGCGGCCUCGUCUUCACAGUAUGGCCAGCCUGCACCGGCACCGCAAGAAGACGCGUUCGAAGCCCAGUGGGCGGCGCUGGAGAACCGCCCGCACCAGCGCACCUCCCCGUCCCCCACAAACCCUUUCUCCACCGAGCUGCACAAGACUUUUGAGAUCCAACUGUGAAUGCAGUGCCAUCAGAAAGCACCAGGUAGCUGGGGACGGACUCGACGAAGUCACCCCACCCCUUCCUGCUGACGUUUCAUUGGACACCCACUGCAGGGGUGGUCGGGGCGAAAAAGCAAAACAAACCCUGUGCAGCGUCAACGGGGGAAAAAAAAAAAGUAAAACAAAACAGGUUGUUGUGAAGACAUUCACGGCUCCUCAGGCAUUUUCUUUGUAUUAUCUGUAUUGUUUUGUUUGUGCUUGUGGAGCGCAAGGUUAUCAUUACCCUGUGGAGCGCAACUCUCUUCUGCCAGCUAGCUUUGCUCACCGAGGCCCUCUGCUGGCAGGCGAGCGACGCAGCACUGAGAGAACUCAACUUCCAGAUGAGAAAUCCUCCAUAAAAGCCACCCAAUCAGAAGACGAGAGCCACACAAUGCCAAAAUCUUUAUUUUUAUGCAUCAAGUAUAUUUGAAAUAGCUUUGGAAUCUAACAGAAGAGUUGUAAGUAAUCUUGCCAAAGGCACGGGAUAGUUACAAUGUUCAUGUGUACAAGAAAAGAUCAUGUAUAUUAUACAUAAAUAUAUAUAUAUAUAUAUCUAAAGAAUCUAUACUGUACACAAAGCUCACAGCAGUGCAAAUUUUUAAUGUGAUGUAAAGAGAUUUUUUUGUGAAGGGAUAGCUGCUUUUUUGAGUGUGCAUUUUUCCCCUAAUUUUUAACAAAAAAUCUUGAUGCUGUUUGUUGCAUCGCCUAACUGAAUGGGGGAAAAAAAAACAA